GAGGCGCCGCUGCCGCCAUGGCCGCGCACGGGCUAGAGGACAAGCUGACCUGCUCCAUCUGCCUGGGGCUCUUCCAGGAGCCGGUGACGCUGCCCUGCGGCCACAACUUCUGCAGGGCUUGCAUCCGGGACUGGGGGGGCCGCUGCGACAAGGCGUGCCCCGAGUGCCGGGAGCCCUUCCCCGACGUCGCCGAGCUGCGCCGAAAUGUGGCGCUCAGCGCGGUGCUCGAGGUGAUGCGCGCCCGGCCCGCCCCGGCCCCCGGCUCCGACCCUGCCGCGACCCCCGGCGCCGCCCCAGCCCCUGGCCCCGGCCCGGGCGCGCGCUGCCCCCGACAUGGGCGGCCACUCGACCUCUUCUGUCGCACCGAGGGUCUCUGCGUUUGCAGCGCGUGCACCGUGAACGAGUGUCGCCUCCACGAGCGGGCGCUGCUGGACGUCGAGCGUCGGGAGCGCGAGGCCCAGCUGAGAGCCAUGUUGGAGGUCACCCAGCAGCAGGCCACCCAGGCCGAGAGCCAGCUAGAGGAACUGCAGCGGCAAAGCAGCCAGAUCCAGAGCUCAGCCCAUACCCUGGCCUCCGCCAUCUCUGGCAAGUUCAGCUGCCUGCUCCAGGCCCUGGAGAUGCGACAGGCCCUGGCCCUGGAGGACAUCAAGGCGGCCAAGACACAGGCCCUAGCGCAGGCCCAGGAUACAGAACAACAACUGCGGGGCCACCUGGAAGCCCUGUCUCGUUAUGACCGCAGGGUCCGACACGUCCUGGAACACUUGGAUGACCGGACCUUCCUCCAGGUACCAGGCCCCAGGACAGCAGGUUGGGGGAUGGCGUCCCAGCACCUUACCCAAAAGCUCACUGUGGCUGUCCCUGGGGCCCAGGAAUCCCAGCUCCUGGCACCCCCGGAGCCUCUCAGGCCUCUGACUCCUCUGCGGUGGGACGGAGAGCAGCGGCUGGCCAGCCUGAAAGAGUCUCUGAGCCGGCUGUGUGGCCUCCUGCUAGAUGAGGGGGGCCCCCGCAGGGCACCAGCGGAGGCCGCCAAUUUGGGCCCCGUGGAGGCCCCAGGUCCCCUGGCACCAGUCCCAAGCCCAGUGUGUCCACUGAGGAGGAAACUCUGGCAGAAUUAUCGAAAUCUGACCUUCGAUCCAGACAGCGCCAAUUGCCACCUCUACUUGUCUCGGCAGGACCAGCAGGUAAAGCACCGCCACAAGCCCCGGGACCUGGCCGGGCCAAGCAGCUUCGAGCUCUGGCAGGUGCAGUGUGCCCAGAGCUUCCGGAGCGGGCGACACUACUGGGAGGUGCGUGCAUCUAACCACUCAGUGACCCUGGGUGUCGCCUAUCCAGAACUGACGCGACGCAAGCAGGGGCCCCACACAGACAACAUUGGGCGUGGGCCAAGCUCCUGGGGGCUCUGUGUUCAGGAGGACAGGGCGCAGGCUUGGCAUAACGGGGAGGCCCAGCACCUCCCAGGAGUGUCAGGGCGGCUCCUGGGCAUGGAUUUGGACCUGGCCUCUGGCUGCCUCACCUUCUACAGCCUGGAACCCAAGGCCCAGCCUCUGCAUACCUUCCAUGCCAUCUUCACCCAGCCCCUCUACCCUGUCUUCUGGCUCCUGGAGGGUAGGACCCUCACCCUGUGCCAUCGGCCUCAGGCCAAGCUCCCUCCAGAGCUCCAGGAAGAGGCCUCAAGCCCAGCAGAGGAAGGCACAGGAUGAAGCUCUGGGCCAGGAACAGGUGCCACCGUGCUUGUGUGCCCAAGAGCUGCCCAGUCCCUAGCUUGGGGGCCUGAGGCCACAGCUAUAAUGGGACCAGCUUUUGGCCACAAGAUUGACUCAGAAGGAGGCCGGACCACUUGGGAAGAGAGAUUGGGAGGAUGCCCCCAAAAUGGAGUUCACUUUUUCCAACAUCAUGGAAGGGCACAGGGACUAGGAAGGGACUAAAAUGAGGACCCUGCCUGAGGAGAGCGCACUUCUCGGCGCUGCCUGGGCCUCAGAGGUGGGUGCAGCGCCUGUGGGCUCCUGGGGCUGCAGGAGAGCUUGUGCAGUUGGGGCCUCACCCACGCUGCCAUGCAAACACCCCGCAGCCGCUUGCCUCCCAUGCGGGUGACGUAGAUCAUAGGCAUUUGGCAGGAGGCGAGGGCACCCAAAGCACAAGCAAUUCUGGAAGAAACCUAGAGAAAAGUGAUCUUUAUCUCUUUCCUCCCUCUUUUUUUUUCUUAACAGUUUGAUACACUUUAGUCUCUUAUACAUCCUUGUGAUUGCAUUUUAUAAACACUUGUGUUUUUUGCAUUCUGUUAUCUAGCAUAGCCAUUUCUCACGGGAUUAAUAUUUUUUCCUGCACCACUGCAAUAUAAACAGUCUUUCCAAGGACUAUUAGAAUUUACUUCCCCACUACGGGCAUCUUCCACUUUCCAAAAGUUCAAGUUCUGCCACUUAGCUUUUUUAAAAGACCUAUAUUGGUGUGGUUUCAAGUUUCUUCUGGUUCAUGAAAAGAGGUACGAUUGUAGGUCUUUUGUAAAGCACAGUGGCAGCGCCGCAAACUUUUGGAAGAGCCAGGGAUGCUCGUCCCAGUGUGCUGUUUUUGCUCAUGAAAGAUUUCAUAUUGAACAUUCCAGUUGUUUUAUUUGGGGCUGUAAAAAUGUCACCGCGAUGCAUAUUUUUGAGCAGGAAGCUUUGGCCAUAUCCAUGGCUACAUAUGUAGGUGGAAUUCCCAGCGGAGUUCCUCAACCGAAAAAAAAUGAGGGACACCUGGGUGGUGCAGUUGGUUGAGCGUCUGACUCUUGGUUUCUGCUCAGGUCAUGAUCUCAGGGUCAUGAGAUGGAGCCCUAUGGGCUCCACACUCAGUGAGGGGUCUGCUUAAGACUCUCUUCCUCUCCCUCUGCCCCUACCCCCUUAAAUAAAUAAAAUCUUUAAAAGUAAUAAUAAUGAGCACUUGAAGAUUUUAUUUUUAUACAAAUGGCCAAAAUGAAGCAACCUUGAGUCAGGCGGACUCUUCCCCACCCCACCCCCACCAGCCAGCUUAGCUGGACACAGCCUCAGCCCCUGUCACCCCUACCCAGGGUGUGGGGAUUAAAUGCAGUGAUGAGUGCAGGUGCCAGGACAGUGCUGGCUUCCUUUGUUUUUGCUACUCAGGAGAUGCUUUCCUGAAGAUCCCUGGACGGGCAUUUGUGUUUCUGGAACUGGUGCUGCUGGGACCUAAGGCAGCUGUAAUUUUGUUACUUAAAACAUUCCACUUCUUGGGCAGCCCAAGUGGCUCAGCGGUUUAGCACUGCCUUCAGCCCAGGGUGUGAUCCUGGAGACCCGGGAUCGAGUCCCAGGUCAGGCUCCCUGCAUGGAGCCUGUUUCUCUCUCUGUCUCUCUCAUGAAUAAGUAAAUAAAAUCUUUUAAAAAGAUUCAACUUUAAAAAAACCAUUCCACUUCUAGACCUGGGUGGUGGUUACAAGGAUGUUGGCCUUAUAACUAUUUAUGCUGUACAUGUAUGUUUUAUAUACUCAGGAAUAAUUAUUUUACAAUACUUUAUUUUUUAUGUUUUCAUAAACAAUAAAUUUUUUAAAGGAUGACACAUGCAAAAACACAUACUCCAAAAAAAUACAAAAUAUUUUUGUAGGGACACCUGAGUGUAGCGUCUGCCUUUGGCUCAGGGUGUGAUCCUGGGAUCCGGGAUCAGGUCCCACAUCAGGCUCCCUGCAUGGAGCCUGUUUCUCCCUCUGUCUGUGUCUCUGCUUCUCUGGGUGUCUCUCAUGAAUAAAUAAAUAAAUAUUUUAAAAUAUA